GUGAAAAAAAUAUUGUUUUUAAUUGAAUGGUCUAAUUACACCAUGACUUGAUUUUCCCGGAAAAUCUCAACCUUUACGAGAAAAUCUCGCGAUGGACCCUCCUGCAGACCCCGCAGACGAGUUCCGCAACUGGCUGGAGUUGCCCCGGAACGUGACGGCGUCGAUCCUGCUGAGACUGGGCGCCAUCGAGAUCCUGACGAGCGCGCAGAGGGUGUGCUCGCCGUGGCGCAAACUCUGCAAGGACCCGUCGAUGUGGCGCGCCGUCGACAUUUGCAACACCGACAACUGCUGGAAUAACUACGAACUCGAGAGGAUGUGCCACGACGCCGUCGAUUGCAGCUGCGGCCAGUUGGUCGAUAUCAGCGUCGAAAACUUCGGCACCGACAAGCUCCUCAGGCACAUCGCUGACAGUUCAAGUCAGCUCAAACGCCUUCGGCAUGUGCAUUGCAAUGACAUUUCAGAUGAGGGAUUCAGUGGAGUGGCUGCAAAACUUCCAUUAUUAGAGGAGCUUGUCAUUUCAUACUGUCCAUUGUCAAAAGAAGCUCUCAAAGCUGUGGGCCGUUAUUGCCCUCUUUUGAAAUCACUCAAAUUCAACAGCCGGAGGUAUGGAAAGUAUGAAGAGGAGGCAUUUGCCAUUGCAGAGAACAUGAGUGAAUUGCGCCACCUCCAGCUUUUUGGAAAUAUGCUCACUAACGACGGCUUGCAGGCCAGCCUUGAUGGUUGUCCUCACCUUGAAUCACUUGACCUACGGCUAUGUUUGAAUGUCACUCUGGCAGGGGAUUUGGGAAGAAGAUGUGCUCAACAGAUUAAGCACUUGCGUCUUCCCGGUGAUUCCACUGAUGACCGGGAAUUUAUUGUUUGGUGGAAACGUGAAUUUAUUGUUUGGUGGCGGUGAUUUCUCGGACCAAGUCUACUACCACCACCGCUAAAUCGACAUUGAAUACUUUGAAGAUGUUUUGUAGGAAAAAGUGAAAAAAGAUGUUUUGUAAGAAUGUUUUGAAUGAAAAACUGAAAAUUUUUUGUUUUGUA